AUGGCUCGUGCGGCGCCCGCACUUGCACCAGCCAGGCAAACAGCGGUGAAUGGCUUGGGGCAUGUUGCUGGAUGUGCACAAGUUGCAGCUUCAGUCGGAAAGACAGCGGCAUUUAGUUUGGGAGCUUUCAAUCCUUUUGCAGUUUUACCCGGGCUUGCGUGGGUAGAUUAUGCUGCCUUGCUGGGAGUGCAGUCCGUUUUCCGCGAGAAGGACUCGGCAAGCGGGCUCAAAUACAUUCUCCAGGUGUACCUUGUGCUUGGACGUGGAACGGCGCAAUUCGUGUAUGGCCAUACGGUUGUGCCCCUCGGACGCGGAGCAGCUUAUGUCCUGACGUACAUCGGUGUGCCUUGUACGUUUGAAUUCCAACCCAUGUCGGUGAUUGAAGAGUUGACGAAACUGUCGCGGAGCUUCCUGUUUGGUGACAAAGAAUGUCAACUGCAAAAGGCACAGAAAUCCAUUGAUGAAUUGAAGCUUGAAGCCGCUGCAGCAGAGAGACGUGUGGUACAGGAGCGAGACAUCUAUGAGAAGAAGCUGUCUGAACAGCAGGAAAAGGUUGCUGCGCUGGAGUCCAAUCUCGCCGGGGCCAACCAGCUAUCAGCAGAAUUGACUCCAGAAUUAGUACGGUUCCAUGUUGUGACUGUCGAGAACAGCUUUCUGAAGCAGGCCAUUGCUAGGCUAGAGAAGAAGGAUAUUCCAUUGCUGAGACAAGACAAUGCCCGGCUCAAGGAGGACAUGCGUUCUUUGCAUCAACAGACUGCAUUGCUGACGGAGGACAAUCUGUGGUUGAAGGAGGACAGUGUCAAGCGGGGUGCAAACAGUUUGCGACUCAGAGCCAAAUAUCGGCAAGCCUUACGGAGCAAAAAGGCUGUGACUGUCGAGAACACCUUUCUGAAGCAGGCCACUGCUAGGCUAGAGAAGAAGGAUAUUCCAAUGCUGAGACAAGACAAUGCCCGGCUCAAGGAGGACAUUCGUUCUUUGCGUCAACAGACUGCAUUGCUGACGGAGGACAAUCUGUGCUUGAAGGAGGACAGCGUCAAGUGGGGUGCAAACAGUUCGCGACUCAGAGCCAAAUAUCGGCAAGCCUUACGGAGCGAAAAGGCUGUGACUGUCGAGAACACCUUUCUGAAGCAGGCCACUGCUAGGCUAGAGAAGAAGGAUAUUCCAUUGCUGAGACAAGACAAUGCCCGGCUCAAGGAGGACAUUCGUUCUUUGCGUCAACAGACUGCAUUGCUGACGGAGGACAAUCUGUGCUUGAAGGAGGACAGUGUCAAGUGGGGUGCAAACAGUUCGCGACUCAGAGCCAAAUAUCGGCAAGCCUUACGGAGCGAAAAGGCUGUGACUGUCGAGAACACCUUUCUGAAGCAGGCCACUGCUAGGCUAGAGAAGAAGGAUAUUCCAUUGCUGAGACAAGACAAUGCCCGGCUCAAGGAGGACAUUCGUUCUUUGCGUCAACAGACUGCAUUGCUGACGGAGGACAAUCUGUGCUUGAAGGAGGACAGUGUCAAGUGGGGUGCAAACAGUUCGCGACUCAGAGCCAAAUAUCGGCAAGCCUUACGGAGCGAAAAGGCUGUGACUGUCGAGAACACCUUUCUGAAGCAGGCCACUGCUAGGCUAGAGAAGAAGGAUAUUCCAUUGCUGAGACAAGACAAUGCCCGGCUCAAGGAGGACACUCGUUCUUUGCGUCAACAGACUGCAUUGCUGACGGAGGACAAUGCAAAGCUGAAGAGUGACAUUGCGCUGUUGAGCGAAGACGAUGCGAAGCCCAUUCAAGACAGCUCACCGGCAAACCGUGACGUGCAGAACUCCAACGUCAACCCGAUGUCCUUUGCGGAGCAGAUGGACUUGGCUUUGCGCCUGAGCCGUACAGCCGACGCAGAGGAGCUGGAGGAGGCGUCGAAAGCCGCAAAGCCGGCAACAGCGCCGGCCGAAGAGGCGGCAGAGGUGGUUCUGCGCGAAAGCUCCGCCGGCGAGGAGAUCAGCCUGCAGGGGCAGCUCAGGCACAACUGCGAGCAGAUUGCGCUGAAGCUGACGCGCGCUGACUGGCUCCUGCUCUACGAGGGCGUGGCUUUGGAGGCGCAGCUGCGAGCUCGAACCGUUGCGUACCAACUGCGCCAGCGGCAGCCCGAUGCCAAAGGAGCCGUGCAGCUAUUCGACUUGGAGGCGGUUCUUCUGCAGCUGCCAAUCUUCGGGGCCAGAGGAUCCUCUCCCGAGGGUGCCGUGGCGGCUGCAUCGGCGGCGUGCGCCGAGGCUGGUCUGGCAACCGGCGGGGGUGAGGAUUCGAGCCUCAGAGACUUCUUGCAAACGUGGGAAGACUUCGACGGCUGGGCCUCUUCUCUCGAGGAGCACUUAGGACCUCUGGACCUUGAGGUAAGUCGAGAGCGUUCCAACAACCUCCAGAAAGGCCAAUCGCACACCCCCUACGUCCUGGAUCUGUGCCGGCUUGCCUUUCGAAACUUCGCGAUCUGCGAGGGCAGGCUGUUCAUUUCCCUGGCUCUGGCGCUCUACAGCCUCAUAGCAAGGACUCUCCGUGAUGACCCGGAGAGGAAUCCAUCUGAGGAUUUCAAGGAACGCUCCGGUGGAGGGGAAGAGCACAGCCAACGCCUCGCGCUGUUGGAGGCUCUUCACGGCCUGACGCUGGCCUUCGCCGUCCAGGACGAUGCUCUGGCCUUGCAGCGGAGCACAUUGGAGGAGUACCGCUACUACUUGCUCGAGCCCCUAUCGCGAGUCUGCCAGCACUUCGACCUGCUGGAAGAGAACUGA